AAGGAGAAGCAGAAAGAGAAGCAGAAGAAGGAGCAGGAGAAGGAAAAGCAGCAGGAGAAGCAGAAAGAGCAGCAGAAGAAGCAGAAGCAGAAGGACAAGCAGAAACAGAAGGAGAAGCAGGAAGAGAAGGAGGGAAAGCAGAAGCAGAAGAAGCAGAAGCAAAAGAAGGAGAAGCAGAAUCAGAAGCAUAAGGACAAGCACAAGCAGAAGGAGAUGCAGAAGGAGAAGAAAGAGAAGCAGGAGAAGGACAAGAAGCAGAAGAAGGAGAAGCCGAAAGAGAAGAAGCAGAAGAAGCAGAAACAUUAG